UGUGCUACAAGAGUGAAAUGGUUGGUCAGCUGUGGCAGGUCCUCCUGUCUCUUGGACCAUUGUGUGGGCUCAAGAGCUUCCUCGACCUCCUAUCUGUGUCCACCAAAGCCACGGCGCCAGAAUUCCACAUGUUGGUGCUCUUUUGUGAUGCCACCACUCACCUGGUGACAGUCCUGGAUGACUUGGAGAUGUAUGAACAACAGAGACCUUUUACUCUACCUGACUACUCAACUAUGGCAGCCUUCCUCAACAGCUUUACCUACAAGGUACAGUACAGUACUGUACUCUCAGUAAGUGAGAACAUUGAAGCCUGUGUUACCUGCUACUGUACUGUAGUAGUACUGUACAUGUAAGACACUGUCCAAUAUUACCCUUG